UUCAUUUAGCAUCUGCCUUUUUGUUGUAUGCAGCUGCUAAGAUGAUGGUCUUUCUGGACCCCUCCUCUGAGGGGAUGGCUGCUGAGCUGGCUACCUCUUUGAACGAGUCCCUAACAGGCAGAACCAUUCAGACGUGUACCGAGGUGCUCCAGGCGUUGAGGGACGGCAGUCUGGGCUCGCAGCAGGAGAAAAAUUUUGAAUCGUAUCGUGCGUCUUGCCAUGGUAUCUAUCUUUAUGCUUUAGCCUUCAUGCCCCCCGGUUACCAGGACAACUCUGCGGUGACCACCAAUGGAGACCUGUCCCCCUGCGACCAUGAGGAUAUGCCCAAUGAGAUGUGAGCAUUUCAGGAAGGGAGCAGGGUGGCCGUUUUAUGGCCGUCAGCAUUUUGAGACCAGACGCCCCACUGAGGUUGAGACUCUACUGCACUAACGAGACCACGGUUACCUUCCGCCUUCACUUCCACUCAUGGAAGCGAGUGAGCAAUAGGGGAAAAUCCCGUUUUACUAUUUUCUUCCCCUUUUUUUUUUUUUUUUUUUAAUACGGCCAAUGCCGUCUCUUAUGCUAGAACAGAAUAAAUGGUAUUAAAGAGAAAUAUUGAUCAAGAUGGUCACAGUGAACUCAUUGGGCCUAAUUCCUGUUUAUCAGACACACAUGCAUUUUGAUUCUCAUGUUUUUAAGAGUAAUUUAUAUAAGACAAUAUUAAAGAGAACCGAAUAAUGUCAGGAGGAGCAAUACUUUUGGUCCUGGUUUGACUUGUGUGGUCGUGUGCCAAACCUGUGGGGCGGACCUUUAGAGGCAGAUGACGGCACCUGUUGCGAGGGUACCUGGGAAGGGGGGUUGGGGGUGUGGGGAGUGUGGCAGUGAAUUACUGUGUCUGGGAAGAAACGGUUCCAGGAUCAGCCACCAGGGGGAGCCAGCAGUCGAAACCCACCAUGUCUGCUGGGAGGAGACUGAUGUUCAGUCAAUAAGCUGAUAACACAGUCAAUUGAAAGGUCACCUGGAGUACUGAGGAGAGGCAGACGUGCAUCUCUAUUUUUAAUUUUUUCCUCCAUCCUGUGCUGCCUUUUGGUUUUUCAGUGAAUGUCUUAGAGGUGGCAGUGGCUUCUGUUGGACCUGUAGGACUUUUACUGUGACUGUUUCUGUUGGGUUUAUUUGGAAUCUUUUUUUCCCCCUCCCACUCAUUGUUUGGGUUCUUCUGUUGGUUUCAAACUUUGUUUGAUUUUUUUUCACCAUAAUACAAAACUACAUCAAACAUAGCACUGUCUGAAUUCUGAGAACAUGUCCCAUCAUUUGACACUCACACAGUUACAAAUAAAACAAAAUAACAUGA